ACACACAUAGAUACAUACUUGUUACUACUGGGUUACUCUGAAUCUCUGAUCAUCAAAUCAAACCAAAAUCCCAAAAAAAGGAAACUCAAAAAAUCAACCCUUAAUUAAAAAAUUACAAAAUCACAAACCCUUCACCCUAGAUAAUAAUAAAUCAUUCGUUUUCGUUGCAUUGACAGAGCAAUGGCGGCGGCGGCACAGCAAAAUCAUGCGGUGGAGGCGGCGGCGGCGGCGACGCCUCCUCCGACGCCGCACAUGGUGGCAGGGCAAAACGGCAGAGGAGGAGUAUUAUACCCUAAUGCGUCGCUGUACGUGGGGGAUCUGGAGCAGAGCGUGGUGGAAGGGCACCUGUACGAUCUGUUCAACCAGGUGGCCCAAGUGGUGUCUGUUAGGGUUUGUAGGGAUCAGGCCCGUCGAACCUCUCUCGGCUACGCUUAUGUCAAUUUCUCCAACUCACAAGAUGCCGCUACUGCCCGGGAGCUUUUGAAUUUCACGCCUGUCAAUGGGAAACCAAUCCGCAUUAUGUAUUCUCAUCGGGAUCCUAGUACUCGUAAAAGCGGAUUUGCUAACGUGUUCAUUAAGAACUUGGACACAUCCAUAGAUAACAAGGCAUUGCACGACACAUUUGCUGCCUUUGGCACUGUGCUUUCUUGCAAGGUAGCCCUUGACACCAAUGGGCAAUCAAAAGGCUAUGGGUUUGUGCAAUUUGAUCAAGACGAAGCUGCACAAAAUGCCAUUAAGCGGCUAAAUGGCAUGUUAAUUAAUGAUAAACAAGUUUAUGUUGGCCUUUUUGUUCGUAACCAGGAGAGGAAUCGAGGAAAUGGAUCGCCAAAGUUCACUAAUGUUUAUGUGAAAAAUUUGUCUGAAACCACCAAUGAUGAGGACCUCAAGAUUAUCUUUGGCAAGUAUGGCCCCAUCACCAGUGCAGUUGUUAUGAGGGAUGCAAAUGGGACAUCAAGAUGUUUUGGUUUUGUAAAUUUCCAGAACCCUGAUGCUGCUGUUGCUGCAGUAGAGAACUUGAACGGGACCUCUUUGACUGAUGACAAAGUUUUGUAUGUGGGAAAGGCUCAAAGGAAAUUCGAGAGGGAUGCAGAGUUGAGAGCCAAAUUUGAACAAGAAAGAAGUAGUAGAUUUGAAAAAUUACAAGGUGCUAAUCUAUACAUCAAAAAUCUCGACGACAGCAUAAAUGAUGAAAAGCUAAAGGAGUUAUUCUCUGAGUUUGGAAACAUUACAUCGUGCAAGGUCAUGCUUGAUGCACAAGGGGCCAAUAAGGGUUCUGGUUUUGUGGCUUUUUCUAACCCUGAGGAAGCUACAAGAGCUUUGAAUGCAAUGAAUGGCAAGAUGAUUGGACAGAAACCGCUGUAUGUCGCCGUGGCCCAGCGAAAAGAAGAAAGGAGGGCGCAUUUGCAGGCACAUUUUGCUCAAUUACGAUCAUCAGGUGGCAUAGUACCUUUGCCUACCGGGAUGCCUGGAUUUCACCCUGGGGUUCCUAGGCUUGCUCCUCAGCAGUUGUACUUUGGUCAAGGAACACCUGGUAUGCUACCUCCUCAGCCUGCCGGCUUUGGCUUCCAGCAGCAACCCUUGCCCAGUAUGCGCCCAGGUAUUGCUCCCAACUUCAUUAUGCCCAUCCAAGUUCAGAGGCAAGCACAAACUGGACACCGAGUGGGCGGCAGGAGAGGGGGCAACCCUCAUCAAAUGCAGCAGCAUCAGUGGAUGCAUCGCAGCUCCAACCAAGGGCUAAGAUAUGUAGCCAAUGGCCGAAAUGGGAUGGACUCGUCCAUGGUUCCUCAAGGUCUUAUGUCUCCAGUAAUGCCUUCGCCGUACGAUGUUCAGCGUAAUGGGCCUGUGCCCAUGUCAACUCUUGCUUCUACCUUGGCUUCUGCAACUCCAGAAAAUCAGCGCAUGAUGCUGGGGGAACAGCUAUAUCCGCUGGUGGAGCGACUAGAGCGUGAUCAUGCUGGGAAAGUGACUGGCAUGCUGCUCGAGAUGGAUCAGACUGAGGUGCUCCAUUUGAUCGAGUCUCCAGAUUCCCUGAAGAAGAAAGUGUCUGAGGCUUUGGAUGUUUUGCGUGCAUCAUCAGGAUCUGAUGUUAGUGAUCAUCUAGGCUCAUUGGCCUUAAAUGAUUGAAGCGGGCCCAAUUUGGCGCGCUACAUUCAUCCCUUCAUUUGUGAUCUGGUGACCAUUUUUUUCUAUAGGGCUUGACUCUGGGUUUUUUUUUUUUUCUCAAUAAGGCAAUUCUGGUUUUUUUCCCCACUAUAUUCAAGUUUUUAAAGUAGGACUGCUCAUUCUUUUUAGGUUACUGACUUGGCUUGAGGGAUUUUGAAGACCUGGGAUUACUAGGAUCAUUAUCUUUACUUUCAGUUUGGUUAGACUCAGUAUUUUUAUUUUAUUUUAGGUAUCAGAUGUUGAAUGGUAUUAUUUUUUACUUUUAUAAGUUAUUCACCAA